AUAUCGGUGCAAAUAUAUCGUUAACAUAACAACAUUGUCAUUGCACCGUCAAUCGCGGGAACACAAUGAAGGGCGCUUGAAGGCUUUUAUGAAACAGAGGUCUGUCACUGAUUGUGACUUCUACGAGAGGAGAGGAUCGUACAUAGAUUCAUACGGUCCAUAUAAUUCUGCUCGAGGAACAGUCAUGCAGUGUUUGACGCGACACUAACUGAAUAACGUACACUCGGAUGGACAAAAUGUAUCGAGAUAUAUCAUAAAAUCAAUGGGAAAAUUCGUUAUAAAAUGAGUUCGUAUUAUUGAAAUAAAAGUUCACUCAAACAUUCACGAUCGCAAUUAGUCCAAUACAAGAAGUGGAUUAGGACAUUGUUGUGUAAAAAUAUAUUAAAAGUGAUGCACACAUUACAGUGAUUAGUUCCUAAACGUCAAAGAUUAAUUAAGAAAUGACAAAAAUGGGUAAAAAAAAAGAGUUGAUUACAUGCCGAGAUGUCUUAUGGCUCUUAGUCCUUUGCGGCUUCGCUAUUAAUUACAUGCUGCGGUUAAACCUGAAUCUGACCAUUGUUGCGAUGGUGAUACCAUAUCCGAAGCCCGCAGCAGUCGCACAGUGUAAUUUGGAGAACAGUACGUCAACUGUUGAUGUUUGGAUCAAUGAAACAUCACAAGAUGACAACGCUUCUUUUUCUUUUCCGAUUACGACGUCGUCCUUUACAAAUGUCACGUACAAAGAUCGAUUCGCUUGGAACGAAUACGAGCAGGGAAUGACAUUGGGUGCCUACUACUGGUUGCACUGGAUAUCGCAGUUGCCUGGUGGACUCCUGGCCAGGCGAUACGGCACGAAACGGAUAUUCGGUCUAGCAAAUCUCUUAACGGCUCUCUUAGGAUUUCUCAUACCCUACGUGACGCAUCUAUACGCAUUAAUAAUUCUUCGUGUGCUGCAAGGACUGAUUGCGGGUGUUAUAUGGCCUUCGAUGCAUGACAUGACGGCAAAGUGGAUUCCGCAGAAUGAGAGGAGCAGAUUCGUCAGCGCCUAUCUCGGUAGUUCCUUAGGAGCUGCAGUCACUUAUCCCCUGUGUGCAGCCAUUAGUAAUUCCUUUGGUUGGGGUGCAUCUUUUCAAGUGACGUCUUUACUGGGCGUAAUUUGGUUCUGCUUCUGGCACUUUCUCGUGUAUGAUUCGCCGCAACAGCAUCCGCGGAUCUCCAAUGACGAGAAAAAUUACAUUCUUGAUAAUAUCACUGGAUCCGUCGAGGAUGAGGAAAACGCUCAGAUACCCUGGCGAUCAAUAAUUCUGUCGGGGCCGGUAUGGGUCACCAUCAUCGCACAUUGGGGCACAACUUGGGGUUUGUUCACUCUCAUGACGCAAGCGCCGACUUAUUUCAACUUUAUUCACGGUUGGAAUAUUAAUACCACCGGGAUACUGGCAGGAAUACCGCACUUGCUCAGAAUGAUCUUCUCGUAUUUCUUCUCGAUGCUGAGCGACUGGCUACUCCGUACGAGACGAAUGAGCUUGACAAACGUUAGAAAAUUGGCUACCUUCGUUUGUACCGGCGUACAAGGGAUCAUCAUCGUUGCUCUUGGAUUCAGCGGAUGUCAUCCGUUACUUGCGAUCAUCUUUAUGAUGACCGGUACUGCGGUCAACGGCGCCGUUUCCGCCUCCACUUUGGCGAACUUCGUCGAUCUGAGUCCCAAUUACGCCAGUGUCCUUCUUGGAUUCGCUGGCAUGAUUAUCAUAUGGGCUGGAUUUAUCUCGCCGGCUAUUGUUGGCGCAUUGACAAAUAAUAAUCAAACCGUGGGACAAUGGCGCUGGGUCUUCCUCAUCGCUGCCGCUAAUUCGAUAGCAAGCUGCAUUAUAUACAUGAUAUUUGGCUCUUCAAAAGAGCAACCGUGGAAUCAGUAUGCCAAAUUAAAUACGAAGGAACGAGAGAUGCAGGAUCUGACUCCAAUGGCCGCGAAACGUGACAAUGACGCCGGAAAUGCAGAUGACACUGAAAAAUCGAACUUUAUUAAAGAAAGAUAACAAAGCAAUUUUUAACUCUUUGGUAACUAAACUUGAUUCAAUUUUAUAAGUUUGAACUGUAUCAGUUCAACUAAACCAAAAAAAAGAACUUCAAAGAAAAGCUAUAAUUUCGUGCAAAUAUUGCACGAGCUCAUGAUUACUUAGGAAAUUCCUUCAAAGGACAUUAUUUAAUAAAGAAAAUGUUAACGAUUGAUCGUAUAUUUAAUAAUACACUCGCAUAACUUAUUCUUGGAACAUUUUAUCAUGAGGAAACAGAAGAAUGAAGGGGUGAAAUUACAAUGUAAAUAAAUGUUAAACUAUUUGCACUACGCUAAGAUGUAUCAUGACUUAGAUGCAUUUUCGAUUGCUACACGCUCGAUAAAUCAAAUUUACAUAUAUCUAAUUCCUUAUAAUAAUAACGGAUUAUACACUUCCGCCUUCGCAUGUGCGCAAUAUGUAAAUUGCGGUGUAUAAGUUCCAGUAACAGAAUUGACGGGCGGCGAAUCGAAUUAUUCUCUAUCAUAUGACCAUCACGUCCGUUCUUACAUGAAAGAAUUAUCGGAAUUAUCACAGGUCUUUUUCUGCUGUGGAGCAGAUUAAAUACCGCGCCUUAUCCUACUUCCUGGACACGCAUCAUGUAGCUACCAUAUCUAUCACUCACGGACCUUCGAAUCAUCGCUAUCGCCCGUAAAUGAAAGUGCACAGCGGUUUGAAUCAUCGAAACAUGUACAUUUUCAAAUAACUGUAGAAACAAAGAAGAUACAAUGUAGAUACCUUGUACGUUAAACAGCAAUAUUGUUUAUGCGUAUUGAGAUUUUUUGCAUCUUACAAUUAUAAUAAAUCUUGCGAAUUUUAA